AUGAAUAAUCAAGGCAUUACUCCUGCAUCUUCCUCUACCAUGGCACCUUCUACGUCCAACAAUUCCUCCAAUGUCCAGGUUCCACCAUCCGGUGGUCAUCCGAUGCAUUCCAAGCCUACCCUCAAAAAUUCUGCAGAAAGAGAGAUGGGUAUCGUCAGGGCUGACUCGGGAAUCGGAAUCACACCGAAUACCAACAACACAAUUUCAAACCCCGUUCAACUCGAAAGCCAAUCUAGUGCCAUCCCAAAAGGAGACCUUAUCGACACUCUCCCUACCGAUGCUUCUGGAGCCACACCCACCGGUGACGCAAAUAUACCCAUCGUACUCGCAAAACUCGAUCACCUCAGUACUUAUCUUCGCGCCAUUCUUACACGGAUUCCAAGUACUCCCACAGCUGAUCUCGAUGAUCCCAUCUCCACUGGCGAGCUCUCUCCAGAGGAACAGAUCCGAUAUACCUCUGAAGCUACAAUCGCAGAGGCUGUGAGCGGCCACAUUUCAAAAGUAGAUCAAAUCAUCGAGCAAAUGAGCAUUAUCGAUCAUAUUACACGUGUCAUGUCGUCAUCUCUUGAUGAAGUUCUUUCCAAAUAUCCUGUUAUUCCAGAAAGUAAUAUGGGAAAGGGAAAAGGACAAGGAAAAGAGGAUGAUGAUGAAGAUGAAGAUGAAGAUGAAAAGAAAGUAGAUGAAAAGGAAGUAGAUGAAAAUGAAAAAGAAGAACAAACUCCCAUCCAACCCACCAUCUCUCCCAAGUCACCCACCGCCUCCCAUCCUCCCUCUUCUCCAUCCGCAGAACACAUCGAGCACGGCACGCCAAGAUUCCAAUCGAACGAUCAAGACUUACCCGGUAAAAAAAUAAUUCUUCGACCAAUAUCCUAUUUGGAAAAACUAAGUCGCACAACCCGUCGCAUGAGAAAAUGGAAUGGAAAGAAACCACAAACUGACACCCCUCCCGCCCCGCCCCGCGCCCGUCUUCCCCGCGCUCUCUCAUUCGUACAACGCAUUCGGGACCGCGCGCUAAGCUUGCGACCGAUCUCGAGACGCCCAUAUCCACAGGAAUCAAGUUUUACAAGUAAUUCAUCAAUACUCUUCUCGACAUAUCUGUACCACCAAAUCCUUCGUACGAGAGCAAGAAAUCGAAAUACAGAGUCCCGCAUCGGCGCACCCCCGCAAGAAGAAGUACCCCCGCAAGAAGAAGUACCCCCAACAGACGAAGCAUCCCCAACAGAAGAAGCAAUCCCCAUCCUCGCAGGUCCAUCCAACGCGCCCUCGAUGACCCGACCGGUGGCAUCCAGACCCUGGAUAAAGUUACGCAAAGCCGAACCCGCGGAAGAAGAUGCAUCUGGAGAAUCUACAAUGGUGAUAGUUACGGGAGAAGAAGAAGGAGAAGAAGAAGGAGAAGAAGAAGGAGAAGAAGAAGGAGAAGAAGAAGGAGAAGAAGAAGGAGAAGAUGAAGGAGAAGAAGAAGGAGGAGGAGGGGAGAAAAAACCUAAAUUGAUCGUCACGCAAAUGAUGGUUUUUCCGCCGGGCCAGUCGUUGCAGAGUGUUUUGGAUAGUGUUCGUGCGGGGGAGAGGGAGAGGGAAAUGGAGAAGGAGAAGGAAAGGGAGAAGGAAGAAGAGAAGGAGAAGGAAGAAGAGAAGGAGAAGGAAGAAGAGAAGGAGAAGCAGAAAGGCAAGGGAAAGGGAAAGCAGAGACAGCAAAGCCCGAACGGAACCGCCUCUGAAAACUGA